AUGGAGACUGAAUACGACCAAGUUCUUAGCUCCGUUGCUCAGGUGAAAAUCGCCGACCAAAUCGGUGACGGAGACGGCGUAAAAGUAUCGUGCUUCACUGAGUUUUCCGAUGAUGUUACUCUCCAGUUCCAGAUCAUCCGUCUCGCAAAACAGAUUUAUGUAUGGGUCGGUUGUAAUUCCGCAAAAUUCGGGAACUUGUACGCAGCCGCCUCAACACGACCGAGCAAUAUAGUGAGUGUUACUUCAGUACUUGGUGGAACAUCUGAUAACACUGGAUCUGGGAUUGCGCGUAGAUUAGUUAUGAAGACUGGUCUCAAUAUAAUCCUGGCUUGCAACAUUCCUAAAAACAAUCCUUUGCUCGAGGCAAAAGCUGAGAAAGUGCUGAUCAGGAAGCUUAUUGAUCUUGGUUACACAAUGCCGACACCUUUAAGAGCAGCGUUUGGAUCAUUCACUCUCUCUGGAGAAGCCAAUUAUAUAGUUAUGGCACCAGCGAAAGAGGACAAUCUUGAGGAGUCUCAUACAUAUAUGGGUUUUGCUCUGCACCAGGCUAAACUUGCUUUGGAGGCUCUUGAAGUUCCUGUUGGGUGUGUCAUUCUUGAGGACGGUCAUGUGAUUGCUUCAGGGCGAAACCGAACAAACGAGACACGCAAUGCCACAAGACAUGCGGAGAUGGAAGCAAUUGAUCAACUUAAUGAACAAUGGCGGAAAGAUACACUCUCGCCUUCACAAGUCGCUGAUAAAUUCUCCAACUGUGUUCUUUACGUAACAUGUGAGCCUUGCAUAAUGUGUGCAUCGGCUUUAUCGUUUCUUGGCAUAAAAGAAGUGUAUUAUGGAUGUCCAAAUGAUAAAUUCGGAGGAUGUGGCUCCAUCUUGCCGCUUCAUUUAGGCAGUUCUCAGCCGUCAGAUAAACUUGGAAAAGGGUACAAGUGCAGAGGAGGAAUAAUGGCAGAUGAAGCUGUCUCUCUUUUCAAAUGUUUCUAUGAGCAAGGCAAUCCCAACGCACCAAAGCCACAUCGCCCUGUAGUUCAAAGAGAGAAGACUUGA